AUGAAUUGCCCUUCACGUACCGAUAACCCUUCUGACAACCCAGGCUGGAACCAGAGCCCUCCCCUUCUGACCGCCGACCUUACCACCCGCAAAGACCUAAACGGAAUGGCUAACAUGAGAGUGCGCAAAGGAAAAGGAACCGGGCCAAAUGGAACCGAAUUGAACCCCGGGCAAGAUAUACCGUCCAAAAGCCCCGACGAAGAUGAACCAGGCGCUCAUUCCGCGGGGAAGGAUGCGCACGGGUCUACGGUAGGAGAGCGGGAGGUAGGCCUGGAGGAGGAUGUGGAUAACAGACGUAUUUCGAGCUCAUCCUGGCCGAAUUUCCACGGGUACUCUGGGGGUGCCGGAUCUGGGAACCUGGGUAAAUUUGGCCCUAGAGAGUUGAUCCAUCGCUUAGUUAAAACAUUGCGAAAAUUCGGCCAGUUUAUCGGGCCCGGUUUUCUGAUUGCCGUCGCUUAUAUUGAUCCGGGAAAUUAUGCCACCGACGUUGCUGCCGGAGCGUCCACUAAAUAUUCCCUUCUGUUCAUCAUCUUCAUGUCUAAUGUGAUUGCCGUCUUUCUUCAAUCGCUAUGCAUCAAACUUGGGAGCGUUACCGGGCUUAAUCUGGCAGAAAAUUGUAAGGCCCAUUUGCCCAAGUGGCUCAACAUUUUGCUAUACGUUUUGUCAGAGGCUGCCAUAAUUGCUACAGAUAUAGCUGAAGUGGUCGGAUCUGCGAUUUCGCUUAAUCUACUCUUCAACAUACCACUCGUUGCGGGUUGUGCCAUCACUCUUGUUGAUGUCAUGGUAAUAUUGAUCUUUUAUAAACCUCAUGGAACAAUGAGGGCAUUGCGAGCCUUCGAAUUUUUUGUCAUGGCGCUCGUAUUUGGUGUCGUGGGUUGCUUCUGCGUCCAGCUGUCCCUUAUCAAAGAGUCCAGUGUAGGGGAAAUUUUCAAAGGGUAUUUACCCUCUGAAGCAAUUGUCAAGGACAAUGGUCUAUACUUAAGCUGUGGCAUUCUCGGUGCCACUGUUAUGCCUCACUCCAUCUUUUUGGGAAGUGGAGUUGUACAAUCCCGCCUCAGAGAGUAUGAUAUUAAUCGCGGGUACAUCGAUCCAUCAGUGCAAUAUGGCAAUACCUAUGAGGAUAAAUAUCGGCCUACAGUUCACGCGAUACGCGGAUGCCUCAAGUACUCGGUACUCGAACUGGUCCUUUCACUCUUCACAUUUGCCCUAUUCGUGAACAGCAGCAUCCUUAUUGUUGCCGGAGCAUCGCUCUCUGGUUCCGAGGCCAGUGAUGCAGACCUGUUUGGAAUCCACAGGCUUCUUUCCGAGACCAUCUCGCCUGCUGCCGGUACUGUCUUCGCAAUCGCCCUGCUUUUGUCUGGAAUUUCCGCAGGAAUCGUCUGCACUAUUGCCGGGCAAAUGGUUAGCGAGGGGAUGCUUAACUGGAGCGUAGCGCCCUGGCUCCGGAGAUUGAUCACUCGAUCCAUCAGCAUCAUUCCUAGUGUCAUCAUUGCGGCUGCUGUGGGCAAAGAGGGUUUAAACGCUGCUCUAACUGCAUCACAAGUUGUUUUGAGCGCGAUGCUUCCUUUCGUCUCUGCCCCACUUAUUUAUUUUACGUCGCGCUCCCGGUAUAUGACAGUGGAGGCGGGGUUAAUGACUGGAAAUUCUAAUCCUGAGGGCCAGGAAGUUAAGGGUGUGUCUAUGAAGAAUAAUUGGUUGGUGACCAUUCUAGGUGUCUUGAUCUGGAUUGCCAUCACUGUUUUGAACAUUGCACUGCUCGUCCUUGUGGGUAUGGGCAAAGCAUGA